AUUUCCUCACCAGCCAAACAUGGCAAAAAGCAGCGCGCAGGCAUACGACGAACUCCUUGAACGGCUGCCCAUCUGCGAACCCCAAUGAUUUGCCAAUUCUGGAGCGGAGCGACGCAACAGCCCACAUCAAAAAUAGGCAGACGUCCAUGGAUUCAACUCCUGAAUUUCCCUCUCCCUCCUCCGCUGGCCCCUCCGUACCGUCUCUCCCUUUCCGCCAUCGCAAUCUUUUCUUCCGCGAGGGAAGCGAAGGGAAGGUUCCGGCCUGGGGAGGGAGGUUGGGAUCAGGAAGCGCCGCGGAGCGGCAGCGGAAGGAGAGAAGCAGAGGAGAGCGGCCGGCGACCGAGCAUGUCGCGCCGGGGCCAGCACGCCCUGCUGCUCCUCUCCGCCGUCGUGGCGUCCCUCGUCCCCGGCUCGAUGGCCGGGGUGUACCACAUCGUCGGCGCCGGCAAAGGGUGGCGGAUGCCCCCCAACAAGACGUACUACGACGACUGGGCGCGCACCAGGCACAUCAGCAUCGGCGACAAACUGAUGUUCCUAUACCGGAGCGGGGUGCACAACAUCGUGGAGGUGCCGACGCGGGCGCUGUUCGACGCGUGCAGCAUGCGGAACAUCACUAGCCGGUACCAGAACGGACCGACCAUCAUCGAGCUCACCCAGCCGGGGCAGCGCUUCUACUUCUGCGGCGUCGGCGAGCACUGCGAGGUCGGGCAGAAGCUCGCCAUCAACGUCCUCCUCGUCGCGCCGCCGCCGCCCGACACGCCCAACUCCGCCGCGGCGGCCACCGGCCGGCUCUCCCGCUCCCGCCGCGCGGGCCUCGCCGCCGCCUGCCUGGUGGCCGCUCUGCUAAUGGUGGUGUGACUUACUUAUGCGUACAUAUAUAUACAUGUAUGUAAUAAUAAAUCAGUGUCCGUCUGAAUAGGAAGGGAUCUUGC